AUGAAAAGAGGAAGAGCCGAAGCCAAUGUUACUUCAAAAAUCAAGCCAAGAAUACUAUUUGGAGGUGAUAAUGAUGAUAAUGGUAAUGAUGAAGAAAUUCUAACUUGUAAUACUACAACCAAUUGUAAAACUAUUAAAUAUAAUACUACUUCUACAACAACAACUAGCCUACAUAAUAGACAACAACACAAGUAUAAAAGAAAUUCAGUACAAUUCCAACAAGACCAACAUCAAUACUCUGAAUAUUCGGAAUAUGAUAAAGAGAAUUGUACAUCAUUUUCACCAUUAGAAAAGAAGACUAAAACAUGUCAUUCAAUUCUGCUAUGUUCUCCACCAAGUAAUGCAGGUGAUAGAUUUAAAUCUAUUAUAAAGACUAAUGUAACACCAACUAGAGUUUUAGAUUUUAGUGAUGAUCAUCAAUUUUCAUUGGAUGAUGAUUGUGGUCAUUCUUCAACUCCAAAACAACAACAAUUUAGUGAAGAUAAUCAAAGUGAUCAUGGUUUUAUUUUGACACCACCUUCCUCAACAUUGAGUAGAGCAUCGAGUAGAAGAAUUAGUUUAACACCACCAAGUACAGGUAGAUUAUCAAGUGGUUCUGAUUCUAUUAGAAGAAAUUUAGAUUUUACCUUAUGUUCAUCAUCAUUAGCAUCAGGUCCUUCCAAUUUGGAUUCAUCAUUUAUGGAUGAUCCAAGACAACAUACUCUACUCUCUCCAUUCAUUUCUCAAUUCUCAAUUACUUCACCAAAAAGUUCAAUGAAAAAGAAUAGACCUACCAAUAUUCAACUUCCUAAAGUUUCACCUUUGAAACAAGAUGAAGAUAACAAUGACGAUAUUGAUACACCACUUAUAUCACCACUCUUAUUAACAUCAUUGGAUGAUGUUUUUGGAAUGGAAGCAACUAGAAAGGAUGAAGAAUCUUAUAGAGAUUUCUCAGAACCAUCUAGACGUUUAGCAAGAGAUUUAAAUGAUGCCACUUGUUCUAAUAGUGGUGAUGAAGAUGCUAGUCCAUCAUCAAUUAAUACUAAUAUUCAACUUAGGUUAGAAACUAUUGUACAUCCAAAGAUUAGUGGUUGCAACUCUAUUACUUCAAAAACUCUUUUACAAGCAUUGAGAGAUGAUAAUUUGAAAAAUCAAAUUAGAAUUAUUGAUUGUAGAUUUCCACAUGAAUACCAAGGUGGUCAUAUUAGAGGUGCAUUGAAUAUUUGGACACCUGAUGUUUUACUCGAGCAAUUCUUUUCAGAAGGAAUGAAUUUAUCAAAUCAAAUUAUUGUAUUCCAUUGUGAAUAUUCUCAAGCUAGAGCACCUAAAAUGUACAGAUAUAUGAGAGAACAUGAUCGUAAACUUCAUUUACAUGAAUAUCCAAUUUUAUCAUUCCCAGAUAUCUAUGUCCUUGAGGGAGGUUACAAAGCAUUCUGGGAAGAAGAUGAAGAAAACAAAACCUUCUCUGAACCAAGAAAUUAUGUUGCAAUGGAUGAUCAACGUUUUGCUGAUGAAUGUAAAAUUUCAUAUCAACAAUGUAAGAAUGCAUGGAGAAAUCGUAAAUCUCAAAAAAGUGCAUUCCUUUAA